AGCGGUCGAUGCGGCAUCUACUCUCUAUUAUAUCUAUGUCUUGGACAACAGUAAAAAGCCUGUGUCGUCGCUAGUGAAGUUUACCUCUAUUGGCAUCUUUACCAUUCCAAUAUGGCGCCCGACUUUGCGUAUGUAACAAGCUAGCUAGUGAUAUCUCUGAGCUACACUCCAACACAGUAGCGGGCCUUCUCGUAGGUGCCCAGCCAUUCAAACCUCAAGAAGAAGAAGAAGAAGAAGAAGAAGAAGAAGAAGAAGAAGAGCCGGACCAUAGAGGAGCUGGACUCUGGAUUCGGUCCGCGGUGUCGGUGUCACACCGAUCUGGCGGUGACAGGCCGUCAUUUCUCCUCUCUUCGUUCAUGUCCGUAAAGUCACAAUGUCAAACCCUUCUCUGGUGGUCCUGUAUGGAAGCCAGACCGGCACAGCCCAGGAUGCGGCGCAGAGGAUUGGCCGUCAGGCUCAGAGAAGGCGGCUGCAGGUCCAGGUGAUGUCUCUGGAUAGCUACCAAGUGGCCAACCUGAUUGCAGAGUCUCUGGUGGUGUUUGUCUGUUCCACCACUGGACAAGGAGACCCCCCUGACAAUAUGAAGAACUUCUGGAGGUUUCUUUUUAAGAAGUCUUUACCUGUUGGCUCUCUGAGUCGGCUGGAUUGUGCAGUGCUGGGCCUUGGAGAUUCUUCGUAUCCAAAGUUCAACUUUGUGGCAAAGAAGCUUCAUAAGCGUCUUCUGCAGCUCGGGGCCAAUAUGUUGAUGCCUGUUGGGCUUGGAGAUGAUCAGCAUGACCUGGGGCCGGAUGCUGUCAUUGACCCGUGGCUCACAUCGUUUUGGGGGUCAGUUUUGGCCCUCUACCCAUCCUUGACCAGGGUGACCCCGUUAAGAGAAGACGAACGACUUCCUCCAACAUACACAUUCCACUUCCUGGAGGAGAAGACAGAGAGGAGUGGUGAUGGACUGAGGAGCUCUGAGGGGGAGGCCCCUCCCUCCCCCUCACAUCCGUUUGGUGCCCGGAUGGUCUCCAACAGGAGAGUGACGGAGCCGUCUCACUUCCAGGACGUGAGGCUCAUUGAGUUUGACAUCACUGGCUCCGGUAUACGGUUUGCAGCUGGAGAUGUUGUGAUGAUGCGUCCUCGUAACGCCGCAGAGGAUGUGCAGCAGUUCUGCCUGCUGCUCGGGUUGGAUCCAGAGGACACUUUCCUUCUUCAGCCAACAAACAACACUCCAGGUCCAGCCAGGCUUCCUCAGCCCUGCUCCAUGCAUCACCUGGUGGAGAGCUACCUGGACAUCGCCGCUGUGCCUCGACGCUCUUUCUUCGAGCUACUGGCUACAUUCGCCACCAACGAGCUGGAGAGAGACAAGCUGGUUGAGUUUAGCUCAGCAGCAGGCCAGGAAGAGCUGAACUCCUACUGCAACCGACCGCGGCGCACCGCACUCGAGGUCUUGACAGAUUUCCCUCAUACGACGGCAGAACUCAAAGUGGACUACCUGCUGGAUCUCUUCCCUGAGAUCCAGCCUCGCUCCUUCUCCAUUGCCUCCUCCCUUGAGGCUCAUCCUCACAGGCUUCAGAUCCUGGUAGCUGUGGUGAAAUACAAAACCAAGCUCCAUAAAUGGAGAAGAGGACUUUGUUCCACCUGGUUAGCCUCUCUGGACCCAACAAAAGGGGAGGUGUGCGUUCCUCUGUGGGUGAAGACGGGAAGUUUGAGGUUUCCAGCAGACAGCGACACGCCUGUGAUCAUGGUUGGACCUGGAACAGGAGUGGCUCCUUUCAGGUCAGCUCUUCAGGAGCGGGUUUCUGAGGGGAGAACUGCCAACAUCCUGUUCUUCGGCUGCCGUUCAGAAUCCAAAGAUUUCUACUUCAGAUCUGAAUGGGAGCACCUGGUAGAAGCCGGACAUUUGACUCUCUUCACUGCUUUCUCACGAGACCAGGAGGAAAAGGUGUACGUCCAGCACCGUGUGAGGGAGAACGCUGCACUCCUGUGGGACCUGAUCUCCAAGAAAAACGCCUGCUUCUAUAUCGCCGGAAAUGCCAAACAGAUGCCGGCCAGUGUGUGCGACUCUCUCAAAGGGGUGUUCCAGCAGGAAGGAGGCGUGUCUGCAGACGCGGCUGCGCAGAUGCUGGCAGUCAUGGAAAAGACAGGGCGACUGCAGAGUGAGACUUGGUCUUGAUUUAGACCAGUUUUCCCUCCAGUUACUUGUGCUAAGUGUAUAAAGACAAAAUAAAGAGGUUUUUGUCACUGGGAUUGUUCUGUUCGACCAUUAUUCACCGUUUGAAGGCAUUUGGUUCAUAACUAACAUGGAUUCUUGGAACGAUGGUGACCUCCUCGCAUAUCCUUAUUCCUGCUCUUCCUCCUUCAUCAAGCCCCAGAGCGCUCAACAGCCCUGUUCACACGGACCUUCAGACUCAUGAGGCCAGAGCUCUGUCGAAGGACUGUCGACCUACAGAUGCUAGGAUAGGCUCCAGCAGCUUCAUGACCCCAAAGGGAUCCAGCGGGAUCACAGGAGGUUUUACUUCUGAAGUUUACUUUAGAAUCAUCACUUCAGACAGAAAUCCAGCUGGUCCAGAUUUUGACAGAGUAGACAAACCUGUUGUUACCAGGAUACAGUUAUUGAUGGAGCGGUUUGUUACACAAACCUGGAUUCUGACGUCUGUGUCUCUCCUCAGGAAGUCGAGCACUGUCGAAUUAAACUUUUAUACAAGCAAA